AUGAAUCGCCAGAUCCAUUGGACACAAGAUCCCAGAUUCAGCCAUCUGCGGAAUCAGCCAGCUUGGUAUCAGAUCAGACCCACUCCUUUCUACACCCCCCGUCCUUCCGCAAUUAUGGAGAAGCGGGCUGCCGAAGAACGAAAACGACAAUGGCAAUGGCAAAUUGCUGAUGGUGCCCGUGAGGCCGUCAACAUUACCUCCUGCCUGGCUGCAACAUUCUGGCCAUGUGGAAUAUAUUCCCGAACCUCUCAGCGUCUCAAGGCAGCUCUUUCCGGUCAUGAUACCGAGUUAGUUCCUAAUCGUGGUUGCUGUAAUCCGGACUGUGUUCAGUUUGGCCUUUGCCUUCCAUUCUAUGGCUGCCUUUUGGCAAAGCUCCAGACAACUGUUCGUACCUUUUAUGGCAUUGACGGCACUGACUUCUCGGACUGGUACGAUGCCUUCUGCUGCCCCUGUCUCACGAUGAUUCGAAAUGAGCAAGAAAUUUUGCUUCGAGAAAAGCAGCACAGGAAACUCAAGGGACGUCACAACCACGACCAGUCCAGCACCCGUCAAUACCAUUCCCAGACUCCCAUGACAUAUCUGAGCCCAGAUUCUUGCAAGUCCACCAACACACAAGCUCAGCGCAAGAACGCCAGCCAUCAACUGAGCAGUGAUGCUCUGAGCCCAGCAAAUACUGCCGCUUACCCGCAAGGUGAUGGCCGAGCAGACAAGGAAAGUUCAAAACCGCUGAAACCCACAAUCGCCAAGAUAGUGGGAAAGCAUGCUUUGGCAGACGAUGAAGUUGUCGUGACUGGGAACGCGAACUCACUGCAUGACUUGCGGACCGACACCCUGAUCAAAGCCCACCACAGUGGUAAUAGUUUGUCCCACCAGCUGAACGAAGACGCUACUACACCUGUGAGGACCCCUAUCUCGGACUCUGACCAUGAACUGUGUUGCGAUCCAGUCACAGACUGGGCCAAGCCGGCCGUCCAUCACAGUUUGGGAGAUGAUGAAACAACGGAUUCCGGCCCGCUACGUCGUGGCCACGACCUCGAUAAAGACGUCAGCAUUAACACUAUCCAGGGUGAUCCUAAUCAACACGACAUUGGCGUCCACAAGCCUUUUACGAUUCAUUCUUCCAAGCCAUCUCUUCAUCAUCUGAACGAUGACACGGCCGUUUCAUCAACAAGUACAGGCAAACCUGGACAUGAUCUCGAAAAAGAUGCCAAAAUUGAUUCCCUACUCAAGUCUCGAACGACACACAAUCUUGAGGGCCAUGAAGUGAUGAAGAAGGAGAGUAAACUACCGGUGCCGCACAAGCUCAACAAAGACUAA